AUGGGGCACCCUGAGCCGGGCACAUCCCUCAGCAUCGUCCCAAGCCCCUUCCCACCCCCGGUGCUCACCGAAAUCGCUCUGGCAGAAGUGCCGGAUGCGCUGGGAGCGUCCCUUGGGAAGAGCAGGAGCCGGGCACCCCGACACACGGGACCCCCUUCUGCCACGGCCUCUCGCCCCGGGGGUGCCAAGCGGCUCAUUCCUGUGGGAUCGUCCUCGCAGGGCGCCUUCGGGUGCUGCUACCAGCUGACGGAGGUGGCCAGCGGCAGGGUCUACGCAGCGAAGGUCAUCCCUCGAGCUCGGCUCACCGCGGUGGGCGUCGGGGAGAGGGUGGAGCGGGAGCGGGAGCUGCACCGCCACCUGCACCACCGGCACCCCGGCCCCUUUGCCGCCCGCAGCCACAUAUACCUGCUGCUGGAGUACUGCAGCCGGCGGUCCCUGGCUGACAUCCUGCGGGUCCGGGGGAGGCUGACGGAGCCGGAGGUGCGGUACUACCUGCGGCAGAUCAUCUCGGGGCUGCGCUACCUCCACGGACAGGGCAUCGUCCACCGGGACCUCAAGCUGACGUCAACUCGAGAGCGCCCGGCCCUGCGCCGCCGGCACCCGGACAGACACUCGCCUAUGCCUAAAACAGAGGGUGGGGACAAAGACAAGAUGCUCAACGUGACCCCAACAAGCACCAAGGAGCCACUUCGCUGCUUACGGACCCGUCCACAUGUCAGCGCAAGAGGGGACCAGUGA